AUGACCUAUCAUAUUGUCAUCAUCUUUCCAUACAGGUGUCCGCAGACUGGGUCGUGGGCACAAUUCCAAAAAACCCUUUUUACUUGACACAAUUAGAGACGUUCAUCAUAACACCAGCUCCAUCUUUCCCCUUGCCAUGUCAGCUGUCCUGUGUCUAUUCUCAUUCUUCCAGAUAAUAUGGUGGAUGUACUAGUUCAGGGCACAUAUGCUGCUAGGCACAUCUCUGUUUGUGUGCGGGGGGCCAUAUAUAUGCCAGGUCCCCUGUGCAGCCCCUGUAGUUAUGUACCUCAGUACAAAAGCAGGGAAAUGUUACCAAUAGAGACCCACACAAUGUAUCAAUAACUGCUUCAAUAUAGGGUGUUAUUUUCAUUGUUGUGAAUCAUUGCAGCCUUCUUAUUUACCACCUACUGUACUUCUGAUUACUGUUUCAUGUAUGUAUUCUUUCUGCUGUUGUGAGAAACAAGUUACCACCACCUAGUGGAGUCCAUACAAAUUGCACAGCAAGGCAAAAAGUAGCUUUGAAUGCAUUGGCUGCCCAGCAUACUUUAACUAAUGUGGCACUGACCAGGGGAAGGUGGUGAUGGCAUUACUGAUUAGCCUUUCUGAUUUGGCCAACCUGUCCAUUGGCGCCCCAGAAGCAGGAACAGUGAAUUUCAAUGCCUUGCGCACCCUACUGCAUGCAAUCAUCAAGCACUUGAAUAUCCAGGAUAUUAAGACAGAAGUGUUGGAGGCUGAGAGAGACCUGUACAAAGCACCGUCAGGGUGGGCACAUAUGGAUGGCACAGAGCAGGCUGGGAAGGUGGCAUUGGGUUACCAUCAGAUGGAAGAGAGAAUCAAGCACAUAGAAAAGCAGACAGAAGCUGUGAACAAGUUGCCCACUGGAGCUGUACUUAUAGAAAGGGCAGGGGGUCCGACCCCUGUGGAGGAUGUGUGGCACAUGUUGCAGAUGAAGAAGAGGAUUGAGACCAAUGAAGAAGGGGUAUCUACGGCAAUGGGGCUUCUGCAGGAUCUGCUAAAUAUCACUACAGCUCUCCAGGAGGCCAACAAGGACUUUCAAAGCCAACUACAGAAUGUCAGAGAGUCUGUGGAACUGACUAUGCAAGAAGACAUCAAAAAAUGUUUAAGCCAACUGGAGCUACAAAGAUCAGGUGUAGAGAAAUUGACCCAAAUGGAGCGGGAGCUCAUGUCCCUUCAGCAGCGCAUGGCAACUUUGGAAAAAAGGUUGAUGCAGUAUCCGAGCCCAAGUGAGCUGAACAACAUUGUGGGGUGGGAUAUCCUACGAGAGACACUUGUGACUCGUGGUAUGGAUGCCGAAACCUCAUGCACUGACCUUCCUGCCUUUGAAAAGAUGGUUCCAGAUCUAGAAACUGGCUGGACUCAAACCAGUGACCCUGCAUAUGCCACUGUCUCCCUUCAGGCUGUAACCUCACAUGCUGAAGAACCAUUUCAGACCGAUUUUGUCUUCACAGUGGUUGCUCCACCUGGACUACAAUCUGAGGAGCAAUUCCAAGAAGGAGCUCCAUGUCAAACUGCUCUUGACCCUCUGGUAGGGCCUUUAUCCCAAACUGGAGGGGAUACUCUGGCUGCUGUUUUACCACAAACGACAGUGUCUGUUCACGUUUCAACAGACAUGACAUCUACUCCCACUGGUGGUCCAGUGCCCCCCUAUAGUGCUGUUAACACCUCUAUUUCCACUCACCCAACUAGAUCUCCUAUGGUGGGUUCCCCCAGCACAAUGCCUGCUCAUUUCCCUGGAAUGAGUUUUGCUCUUGCGCAGGUCACUGACCAACCCAAAGACCCCGCUGCCAUAACUAUGGAGAUCAGCAGCCAACUUGUCUCCAGUCACCCCAUUACUAGUGCUACCAUUCCAGCUGUCUCCUCCCAUGGAAGCAGCAGAGCUUCACAGCGCUAUGCAGAUACAGUGGAGGCUCUGCGUAAAAUGGGAGCUCUAACAGACAAAUAUAGUGUGCUGAGGGAGAGAGUGGAGGUACUUGUGAGGAACAAGGCUGAUCGAUCAGAACUUAAAGCAUUUUUAGAAGGAAGAGGGAAACUAACAGUACCUGAUGGCAGUAAUAAUGUCGCCAGCCUACAGGAUGAGAUGAACAUUACUAGAUUUAUGCACGAAAUGAAAGCAGAGAGGGAAAAGGAUGGGGAUCUGAUUGGCGACCUCCAAACCAAAAUGUUAACGUUCCAAGGAGGGUGUGAGAGGUUGGAAAAGUAUUUGACUGAAGAGCAGAAGCAGACACAGAGACACAUUGAUGUUCUCUACCAGAAGUUGGAAGAAAUGGAGGACAAGAAAGCUGACAAGGAACACAUUGAGCUGGAAAUAGAUGUGAAAGCAGAUAAGCAGGCUCUGGAUGGGAAAGUGAGCCGUGUCCAGUUUGAUGCCACCACUGAGCAACUGAACAACAUGGUCAAUGAGCUGCUGGGACGAGUGACUGGACAGGAACAAGACUGGCAGAAGGUUCUGGAAAAAACCAACAAGGAGAUGCAGAACAAAUUAGAUCGUAUGGAAUUAGACCCAUUUAAGAAGACGCUUGAGGAGCAUUUAAAGUCUAUUAGUCGUCAGUUGCAAGAACGGUCACCCCAGUAUGAGGUGGAUGAGGCUGCAGGCAUCCGAAAACAACUGAUUUCCCACUUCCACUGCCUCUCCUGCGACCGCCCUUUGGACAUCAGCAUGCCAGGCCCACCAAUACUGACCAUUCCUAAUGUUCCCGGACUGCCAGGUCAUCGUUCUACAAGGCCACAAAGUGUGUACGAGCUGGAACAACACUUCCGCAAUGAUCGUCCCCAGGAAUUGGUGGAUUAUAACUGCAUGUCCAGUGCCCGUAGAUGUGGGGGUAGCCAUACGCUGACCUAUUCCCAUCGCCACUUUUCCAAGUUGCAAAACAUCACGCCAAAAAUUUUUCCUGAAGAAGGCAGCAAAGGAUUUGCUCAGAAGGAAGAAGAUAUUCUUGGGCUGAAUGGACACAUCUAUAGAGGAAGGAUGGAUUCACGUCUACCAGCCAUUUAUAGCAUCAAGGAUGGAAAAUCCAGGACAAUGCUGAAACUUUCUCAGACUUCGCAGAAAUCUAUUCUUUCCUGUUAUUCUCGACCCCAAAGUGCCAAGUCUGCUGGACUAAGUCCUACAGCACAGGCUUGAAUCUCUCAGGAGCGCCCAGGAUCUGCCCAGCAGUGGCCACUCCGGAGCCAGGAGUCCCCGGAGAUAAGACUGGAUACAGCCAUUAAACCUCAGUGUGCAGACGAGCUUGUCAUGUAGAAUAAAACUCCUGCUGCACAGAC